AACUACUGAGACUGAGAGCGGUAUACUGAGCUAUUGUCGGAAAACGCGCACGUGCGACAUGCGGUGAGGUGGCUAACAGUGCUAUAUGUAAAUCAUUAAUUCUUCGAAGGAGCUAGAUUGGAAGCAUAAAAGCAAAGAUGUUACGUUUACAUCGAUCCAAGAAAAGAAGACAUUCAACCAAAAUGGCCCGUGGAGAAGGUGAUACCCCGUUGAAGAGCAAUUUCGUGGAGCGCGUAGUGAAACUCCCGAUAGUCCACAAAGCGCUGGACUAUGCCACUAAUACCUACAGCCACAUCAAAGAGUCCAACCGACUGGUCAAUUUCACUCUCACAAAUGCUGAGAAGACGGCGACGUUUGUUGCUGGGCAAGCGAAACCUGUUGUUUUAAAGUUCGAGAAACAAAUUCAAGUUGUCGAUGAGCUCGCUUGCAAAGGUCUCGGCACGCUAGAAGAAAAAGUCCCCUUCAUUAAGAAACCAGCAGACGAAAUUAUCGGAGAUACCAGAAAAUUAUAUGUGAGCACAGUAAAUUCAAGGAUUGAAGAUAUCAAAAAGUAUGGAAAUGAUAAGGUAAAAUAUGCUGCCGAUUUUGGUUUGAAACGAGCUACUGCCAUCUUUGGUGAAAGCGUUGUAAAAUCCGUCUUAUCUUCUAUGGAUAGUGUCCUUGUAAUUACACAGAGCUACAUUGAUUAUGUUUUGCCUCCAUCCAAAGAUGAAAAUCAAAGCAAUGGUACUAAAGAAGAGAAAGAAAAGCCAUCCAUGCUGGUUCGCGUUACACGAUUGUCCAACGUCCUCCGAAGAAGAGCCUAUAGAGCCAUUUUAAUCCAGUCGGAAAACAUCCAGGAAAAAGCUUUUGAUCUAUUUCUCAUCUACCCCAUCAGGCUGAUCGAAAUUUCUAAAACAAAUGUCGAUGCAGCCAUCGCUUAUGCUAACAAGCUGUGGGUAGCUAUCUGGCAACAAAAAGUACCAGAAGCGGACGAAGCUGAAAAGAACCGAAUCGAACAACAACUUUUGCAUUUAGCGAGACUCGUCAGUAAGCAGGUUGCUUCUACGUACACAUCUUUCUCCCAAACCCCAACACAAGCUGAUGGAAAGAGCGACACCCAGGAAUUGCACCAAGCUCCCGCUGUCGUAGUGGCAGUAAGAAAUGGGAUUCUAUCGGUUUUGGGAAUGGCAAAGUUGAUUCCUCAGCUCCUGCCUAUGUACUUAUAUGGAUUAGUGUCUUGGCUUGAGGAGUAUCGAACUUCCAAGAAGAAAUCUGGCGAUGACCGUGAAGAGGUCAAAGAAGUCAAAGAGAACGGAUCCGCUCAAGGGCAAGUUCACUCUCAAGAAAACAACAUCCACACGGAUGACAGUGGCAUUUCGGAGGAGAAUAAUGAUUGAUCAGAGGUCCAGAGGAACCAUCAUUAGUCAUAUGCAUCACUCAGCUCUGGAUAAUUGUAACGAGAAUGUUUGUUUCAAAUUAUCGAUGUAUUAAUUCGUUGUGUAUUCCUUUUUUUUAUCGAUACAUACUUCCGACCAUUCUAACUUCAUCUAUGAACUGUUUUCUUAAUCUUUGGACUGCAGUCAACGACUCUCGUGUGAGGAAGGCUUUUCUUUCUUCCGUUAACAUCUGGAUUUCAACGGUGAUAAAUCGAACAACGAUGUAUUCCGUUCCAUGUAUAAUCGAAUGGCAUGUUUCAUGUUCGUUCUUUGUAUUAUAUACUAAUAAAUGUGAUUUUUUUAGUUGUAA